GUAUAGUCCCACCCCCACCCAAGAAAAUCCAGGGGCAUUUUCGUCCUCAACUCCCUCUUUCUCUCUCUCCACCAUUUUCCAUGUUUCCCCUCUCUGGGUCUGUCUCUCUCUCCUCAUUUGCCUCACUAUUCUUCCCUCCUGCUCUCCCCUCUCUCUUUUCUCCGCAUUUUCUUGACUUUCCGGCCACCCCUUCGCCGGAAUCUCGCCGUCUCCCAUUUCCUUUGAUUCUUUCUCAGCUCCGCCUCACAGACGUGUGGGUAUCUACUAUCUAGUCAUUGGUAGAUUUUUUUUUUUUUCUGCUCCUGUGGUUUGUUGAUGAGAUAGAUCUUCUUUUUAUGGUUUUUUGGGAUUGAUUUGAGUGUGGGCAAUACUCAAAUCAGUCUGCUCCUGUCCUUGCUCAAGACCGGCUCUAGUGGGUAUUGGAUAAAGAUUUAAUCUUGAAGCUAAAGGGAAGAUAGUAUGCGGUUAAAGAACAUAUUUUUGUGUGUGGGUGUACUUAGGGAUCAACAUGCAUGUACAUGUGGGAAUACUAGAGCUUUAUAGGUUUAUGGUUUACACCAUGGGGGAUAGCGAGGAGGCGAGGAAAAGCAGAGAUGAAAUGCAGAAUCUUUCCCUGGAUUCCACCCGCGAUUCGCGGGAUUUGUUGCAGAGAUUCAUGGAGGGCGGUGGGAGCGGGGCGGGGAAGGAAGGGAAAGAGGAAGACGAGAGCGAAAUCGAGUUGAAUCUCGGGUUAUCAUUGGGAGGAAAAUUUGGAGUGGAUAGAGCUUUCAAGAAUCUUGUCAGGUCCUCUUCUAUCGCUGCAUGUUUGCCGACCGUCAGAGACGACGACGCCGCGGCGGCGGCGCCGCCGGCGUAUCCUACUUUAGUCAGAACCUCCUCCUUGCCGGUUGAAACGGAGGAGGAGUGGCGGAAGCGGAAGGAGUUGCAGACUUUGAGGAGAAUGCAGGCUAAGCGGAGACGGUCGGAGAAGCAGAGAAAUUCCGCCGCCGCCGCCUGCGGCGGCGCCGGCGGCGGAGGUGGCGGUGGUGGGAGCACUUUGGAAGAUGAAAAGAGGGAAAUUGAGAAGAAUUUCAGAGGGAGAUUAGAGAGAGAACAGUAUUUAACGGCCGCGAAAAGGUUCGGAUUAUCGGCACCGCCGCAGUUUGGGCUCCCUACUUGGGCUGCUGCCGCCAGUCAGGCUGCUUUUGGGGGUGGGAUUGAUAGUUUGAAAGGGAAAACGAGUGAUUUUAGUAAUUUUAGUAAAGUUCAAGGGCUUGGGCAACCUUGUUCCCAAGGGUCAGUUGAAUCUCAAGGGGGAAGCUCUUCAAGCAUGUCUGAAUUGGAAAGUAAAUCUCUUCAAGCUUUUACUUUCUCUGCCAGGAGUUUGAACUCUUUAUUUGUACCGUAUGGUUCUGGUGACGUGAGCCCCGGCAGUUUCCAGUCCACGCAAGACACAGGUAGCAGGGACGUUGGUUCGUCUGGGGUUAAGACGAUGGAUCUAGCAAGCAGGAUGUCCGGGGCCGAGAUGGAGGGUACAUCUCAUAAACCCAAUAGUACGAGCGAUCAAGCAAGGGAAAUCGGAACAAAUGCCAUGGAGGAUAUGCCGUGUGUCUUCACCAAGGGUGACGGUCCAAAUGGGAAAAGAAUCGACGGGAUACUAUACAAAUAUGGCAAGGGGCAAGAAGUACGAAUAAUGUGCGUGUGCCACGGGAGUUUCCUCUCGCCCGCUGAGUUUGUGAAGCAUGCAGGAGGCACCGACGUCGCUCACCCCCUCAAACAUAUCGUCAUCAAACCCAACUCCGCACCCUUCCUAUAAUAAACGCUACGCCCCCCGUUUGUCCAGGAGACAAAACAUCACCACAUAGGACAUCCUAGAGAAGGAGAAGAAGAGUUUGUUUUUUUUUUUUCAUUCUUUUUUCCUGCAGAGGAACACAUAUGUUAUAUGUACUACAUAUGGUCAUGUUGAAAUGUUAUGUCACAGAAGUAUAUUUUGUGCAUAUUUGAUGUGGGCAGUCUGUAGGCUUUUGCUUGUAAUUCUAUAUACACAUUUGCCUACAAAUGCUCAUGUUGGAAUGUUAUGUUACAAAAGACUAUUUUGUGCA